GAGUUUCCAUGUGGGUACUAGGACCAAAUGCCAGUCUUCUGGAAGAGCGGCCAGUGCUUGUGACCACGGAGCCACUUCCCAGUCCUGCUGGUGUUAGUUUCUAGGAGAAAAACAGCUCAGUGCGUUUCCAAGGUUGUCUGCAACUUUGAAGGGAACCCAGCCUGUGAGUCUAAUAAAAGCCCUCAGGACUGAUCUGGCAAUACUGGGGGAAGGACCCUCACUAAGGAAGCCCUGGUGGCUGUUUUUACAGAACAAUACUUCCUGAUGUAGAAAGAGGUUAGCUGGCAUAUUAAGUGAAAACAAGCUUACCAAAAAUGAUUUCAUUUCUAUAGAAAUAAAAUGUGGCCAAGCUGGGUGACGUAACUCUUACUUAGGGUCUUAGCACUUUAGGGGGCAGAGGCAGGAGGAUUGCCACAAGUCAAGGCCAACUUGACCUGGAUAGUAAGUUCCAGGCCAGCCAUGGCUAUCUAGCAAGAGCUUGCUCAUAAACAAAGCAAUCACAGAAAGUAUGUGAACACAGUUAUAGAAGGAGAAGUGGGAUGGUCUCAGGAAAGGACCUGGGAGUCGGGGCUGGGGCUGGACUCGGUUAGUGAAGGACUUGCCUAGUGUGCACGGAGCCCAUGGUUUGGCCUCCAGCACCACAUAAACUGGACGUGCUGGUGAAUGCUUGGGUGGUGGAGUAGGGCAUGAGAAACGCAAGGUCAUCCUCCACCGCGUAGGAAAUUUCAGCCUGAGCUACGUGAAACAGGAGUCUUAAAAAACAAAAUAAAAACUAGCAACAGGCAGAGCAGAGUAUCCAGCAUGCUGUCCCGACGCCUUGGUAAGCGCUCCCUUUUGGGAGCCCGGGUGUUGGGACCUAGUGCUGCUGAAGUGCCAUCAGGGGCCAGCCUGCCUCUGGAACCACAGAUAGAAGUGCCGGAAGGAGCCAUGUCCCUGUCCCCACUCACCUCUAAGGACCCCGUGUGCCAGGAGCAGCCCAAGGAGCUCCUCAAAGCUCUGGGAACCUCAGGCCACCCACAGGUGGCCUUUCAACCUGGACAGAAGGUCUGUGUGUGGUAUGGAGGUCAGGAGUGCAAGGGCCUGGUGGAGCAGCACAGCUGGGCUGAGGACAAGGUGACUGUCCGGCUGCUGGACCAGAAGUUACAGAUUUGCUGUAAAGUGGAAGAGGUGUGGCUGGCGGAGCUGCAGGGUAGCACAUCCCACGUGCCAGCCUUGGAGCCCGGAGCCCAGGUGCCAGCCUACAGACCGGUGUCUAGGAACAUCGACGUCCCGAAGAGGAAGUCGGAUGCGGUGGAGAUGGACGAGAUGAUGGCUGCCAUGGUGCUGACGUCUCUGUCUUGCAGUCCCGUUGUGCAGAGUCCUCCUGGGGCUGAGCCCAUCUUCUCUGUUUCCCGUGCAGCCUGCGGUGACCUGUGGAAGGAGAGCGGUGACGUAUCAGACAGCGGCAGCAGCGGGCACUGGAGCGGGAGCAGUGGCAGCUCUACCCCCUCGCCGCCCCAUCCGCAGGCCAGCCCCAAGUACCUGGGGGAUGCCUUUGGGUCUCCCCAAACUGAUCAUGGCUUUGAGACUGAUCCUGACCCUUUCCUGUUAGACGAACCGGCCCCACGAAAGAGGAAGAACUCUGUGAAGGUGAUGUACAAGUGCCUGUGGCCCAGCUGUGGCAAAGUUCUCCGUUCAAUUGUGGGCAUCAAACGACACGUCAAAGCCCUCCACCUGGGGGACACUGUUGACUCUGAUCAGUUCAAGCGGGAGGAAGACUUUUACUACACAGAGAUGCAGAUGAAGGAAGAAUCUGCUCUGGCUGUGGCUGCUCCCCCUGCUCCUGGGACACCUAUGGGUGAGCCAGCGUCCACCUCCAGGGUGACCAGCCCGUCCCUUGCUGCUCUUUCAUUGCCUCCAGCCAAGGUCCAGUCGUCUGGCCCAGAACACCCUGGCCUGGAGUCUUCUCUGCCCUCAGUUGCACUCAGCAAGUCAGCUCCUGGCUCCUUCUGGCACAUUCAGGCUGACCAUGCAUACCAGGCUCUGCCAUCCUUCCAGAUCCCUGUUUCCCCCCACAUCUACACCAGCAUCAGCUGGGCUGCUGCCCCUACCACCACCUCCUCCCUCUCUCCGGUCCGGAGCCGUUCUCUCAGCUUCAGCGAGCCCCAGCAGCCGCCAUCUACAGUGAAGUCUCACCUGAUUGUCACCUCCCCACCCCGUGCUCAGAGCAGCACCAGGAAAGCCCGUGGAGAGGCCAAGAAGUGCCGUAAGGUGUACGGCAUCGAGCACCGGGACCAGUGGUGCACAGCCUGCCGGUGGAAGAAGGCCUGCCAGCGCUUCCUGGACUGAGCCUGCCUCCACUAGUCCUGCUUCUCACCCUGCCUGGCAGCCGGGAAGCCUCCAGGCCUGCAGCCAUCAGCAGAACACAGGGAGAUGAUGUGGCAUGGAUGUGGGCAGCUGGGGCUCCAUUGGCUAAGAUAGAACACUUAAAAACACUUUUCUCCCCCUUGUUGGGAGUGCUUUAUUUUUUAAAAGCAAACCUAAAUGAAACUAUUUUUCCCCUUAAAAUAGGAGAGAGCCAAAAUUGACCAAGGGUAUUCUGCAGCGAACCGGAGACCAAAGAGUUACCCCUACCCCUACCCCAUCCCACCCUCUCUGGGACUACAUAUGCAUCAAGAGUAGGACAGGAUGCCACCUUGCCUGGUUUUGUUCUGAGCUGGUGAAUCCUUUGCUCUUUCAGCUAUUCCAGAGUGGACUGUGAGCAAAUGAAUUUCUUUCUUUCUCUCUCUCUUUCUUUCUUUCUUUCUUUCUUUCUUUCUU